AUGGGAUCAGGAUCGGGAUUCCCGCCCCCGCUGCUGCUGCUCCUGGCGCUCUCGGUGCUCGGUCCCGUAACCGGGGCGCUCCGGGCUCCGCUCCUGGUGCUGGAGGGCCCGGCCGGGCCCGGGAUCCGCCUGCGCUGCCUCGCGGAGCCGCCGGAGCCGAACCUGCGCCUGCUCUGGGGCUCCGGGCCCGGCCGGGACAAUCCCGAAAAUUCCCAAAAUCAUCCCCAGAAUGAUUCCCAAAGUUCCGGGAUCUCGCUGCUGCUGCCCCGGCCGGGCUCCGGUGCCGCCGGUGCCGUUUGCAGAGCGCUGGGGCCGGAGCCGGGAGCGGCCGCCGAGUCCGCCGUGGUGAUCGCGGAGGUUUUCUUCCCCUCCCCGUCCCGGUGGCUCCCGGCCUUCAUCCUGCUCCUCCUCCUCGCGCUGGGGCUGCUCCUGGCGGCCGCACUGCGCCUGCGCCGGGACCGCCGGAUUCUGGCUCAGGAGCGGAAAUCCCAGCAGGAAAUCAGCGAGGAGACCGAGGAGCUGAGGAUGGAGCUGGAGGAGGUGACGGCGAAACUCCAGAGGGAGCAGCUCCAGGCCCAGCUCGAUUUCCGACGGGCCCAGAGCCACGCGGUCUCGCUGACGCUGGACGAGAGCUGCACCCACCCGGCCCUGCUGAUCCGGGGCCGAUCCUGGAUCUGCCCCAAACCCGGAUCCCGAACCCCCGGCCCCAAUCCCGGAUCCCAAAUCCCCGGCCCCGAUCCCGGAUCCCGAACCCCCGGCCCCGAUCCCGGAUCCCAAAUCCCCGGCCCCGAUCCCGGAUCCCGAACCCCCGGCCCCGAUCCCGGAUCCCAAAUCCCCAGCCCCGAUCAUGGAUCCCAAAUCGCCGGCCCCAAUCUCGGAUCCCAAAUCCUCGGCCCCGAUCCCGGAUCCCAAAUCCCCAGCCCCGAUCCCGGAUCCCGGCCCCACCUCGGGGCCCUGGCCGUGGCUCGGGAGGGAUUUUCCCAUGGGAAGCACUACUGGGAAGUGGAGCUGGGAGACGACAGCGAUUGGGAGCUGGGCGUGCUCCCGGAGGAGGUCCGGGAUUCCAUCCGGGAUUCCCUGAGGGAUUUCACUCGGGAUUCCACCCUGGAUUCCAUCCGGGAUUCCCUGAGGGAUCCCCUGCAGGAUCCCACCCCAGAUUCCACCCUGGAUUCCAUCCCGGAUUCCCUGCAGGAUGAUUCCCUGAGGGAUGAUUCCCUGCGAGAUUCCAUUCGGGAUCCCAUCCCAGGUUCCCUGCAGGAUCCCCUGCGGAAUUCCACCCCAAAUCCCAUCCCGGAUCCCAUCCCGAAUUCCACCCCAAAUCCCAUCCUGGAUCCCAUCCUGAAUUCCCUGCGGGUUCCCAUCCCAGAUCCCAUCCCAAAUUCCAUCCUGGACCCCAUCCGGGAUCCCAUCCCAAAUUCCCUGGAUCCCAUCCCGAAUUCCAUCCCCAGUUCCCUGCGGGAUCCCAUCCCAGAUUCCAUCCCGGAUUCCAUCCCUGAUUCCCUGCAAGAUUCCAUUCAGGAUUCCAUCCCAAAUUCCAUCCUGAAUCCCAUCCUGGACCCCACCCCGAAUUCCCACCAGGAUCACCCCAUCUCCUCCAUCCCAAAUCCAACCCUGAAUUCCCACCAGGAUCACCCCCUCCCCUCCGUCCCAAAUCCCACCCUGAAUUCCCACCAGGAUCACCCCAUCCCCUCCAUCCCGGACCCCAUCUUGGAUCCCACCCCAAAUUCCAAUCGGGACCAUCCCAUCCCCUCCAUCCCGGACCCCAUCCCAGGUUCCCCCCGGUGCCCGUCCCUGGUGCGUUCCCGGGGCGAGCUCCGCCUCCAGGGCGCGCUCCUGCGGCCCAGCCCGGGGCGCUGCCGCGUGCUCGGGGUGCUGCUGGACCUCGAGCGGCGCCGCCUCCGCUUCUUCGACGCCGAGGAGCGGCGGCCGCUGGGAUCGGCGCCCCUGGGAACGCCCGGGAAUCUGUUCCCGUUCUUCCGGCCGGGAGCGGGCGGGAGCGGGCUGGGGAUCCGCCCCGUCAGGGCUUGA